AAAAUGGAAUCCGUCAAAGUCGCGCGUGUCUUGUAUUUAUACGUAUUUUUCUUUGUGAGCGCUAUCGCAUAUGAAAUACCGAAUGUGACAAUUGAAGUGUUUAGCCCUAAGGGCUUUAAGGCAUCGAUACCAGACGAUCCUGCAAUAACACUCUUCGCGUUCCAAGGUCGAGUUAACAAACAAAUUGCAACGAACGAUGUUGGCUCUCUCACUGGAGAGAUCACCAUUCCCACGAACGGUCAGUGGCUGUACGAGGACCCCAACGUCAAGCUCAAGAUUGGCGACAUAAUCUAUUAUUAUGUCGUCGUAGUGACUAAAAGCGAGGGUGGAAAAGUUAAGGACCCUCUGAGAUUUACUGUUACGAAGUUUAAUAUACCAGGUGAAUCUGGAACGUCAGAUUCCUGCAAUCCGACGUUAACGAAAAUACGAGGUGGUGUCGCGUGCGCAGGGAAAGUUAUAUUCGAAGACGAUUUCAAUUCUCUAAGAGAAGAUGUGUGGCAGAUACAGCAGUUCAUCCCUAUAAACCAUCCGGAAUAUCCUUUCGUCUCCUACCAGCGUCUGUUUUCAGACCCAACAGUGUCAGUAGUCAGCGGAAGUUUGCGCAUCGCUCCGAAAUUGCAGCAGGAAUUGCCGGGUUUUAACAGCGAAUCUAUUGUUUCUGGUUCUUUGAACUUGCUCAGUGGCUGCACUGGAACUGCCGAAGAAUGUUCUAUGCGAGCAUCGGGCGCCAGUAUUCUUCCACCUGUUGUCAGCGGAAGAGUCGUCAACAAAGGAUUUGCCUUCACCUACGGCAUUGUAAAUAUUAGGGCCAAGCUGCCUCAAGGCGACUGGAUUUAUCCAGAAAUUCUCUUGGAGCCUUUCUUGAAAAAAUAUGGCAUGACCUUUGCAUCUGGCGUCGUAAAAAUUGCAUCGGCGCGAGGAAACAGAGAUCUAUCAUUUGGAUUUGGAGAUUUACAAAACAAUGCGGUUCUCUAUGGAGGUCCAAUCAUGGACGUCAAUUGUCGGGGGCAUUUUCUCUCUGAGAAAGUGCUGAACAACAGCAAAAUGUGGGGAGAUGACUUCCACGUCUACUCUGUGAAGUGGACGCCGGAUAUGAUUGCGCUCCUCGUGGACAACCAGGAAUGGGUGAGAAUCGAACCAAAAACUGGCGACCUGCAUGAGCUCUUACCAUCGACCAACUGCACGGACGUACUACACGAUUUGCUGAAAGCCACCGGAUCUAAAAUGGCACCUUUUAAUGACCACGUGAGUUCUUUAACCUCGACAAAAUGA